AUGCCUUCCAACAUUGCAGGAACCCGGUACUUCACCCCCUCCAGGCCCAUAGGCGAGACCUUGGACAACACCCCAUCCCAAACUGGAGUGCCAUAUCUGAACGGCCACAAGAUGGGAGCGAAACAAGAUGACCAGGCCGCGGAGCCUCCAAAGGAAUCCAAGCCCUCUCAAGAUUCAAAGGACUCUUCCACCAAGAAAGAAAGAGACCCUAACACUAUCAACCCACCCAAGACCGGUAUCACCUUCGCGGCCCAAGACAAGUUGACAAAACUCCCGAUACCCGACCUCGAGUCCACCAUGAGCAAAUACCUGGAUGCUCUACAACCACUCCAGUCCUUCCAAGAACAUCAAGAAACUCGAGCUGUGACCCGCGAAUUUGUCGAAAACGAAGGCAAGGAGCUCCAGGACCGACUAAAAAAGUACUCAACCGGCAAGACGAGUUAUAUUGAACAGUUCUGGUAUGAUUCGUAUCUCAACUAUGACAACCCUGUCGUGUUGAAUCUGAACCCUUUCUUCCUACUGGAGGAUGAUCCCACCCCUGCCCGGAAUAAUCAGGUAACGAGAGCGGCGUCCCUGGUCAUAUCGGCCCUAUGCUUCGUACGGGCAGUCCGACGAGAGGAGCUCCCCCCUGAUACCUUGCGCGGCAAUCCUCUCGACAUGUAUCAAUAUUCGAGACUCUUCGGCACGGCUCGAGUCCCUACAGACAAUGGUUGCAUUAUCGGACAGGACUCGGACUCUAAGCACGUCGUGGUCAUGUGCCGCGGUCAGAUCUAUUGGUUCGAUGUACUUGAUCAACACAAUGAUGUUAUCAUGACGGAGAAAGAUCUUGCCAUCAAUCUCCAAGUCAUUGUGGAUGACGCCGAGCAAACACCUAUCAGAGAAGCGGCCAAAGGAGCCGUUGGUGUCCUCACCACAGAGAACAGAAAGGUUUGGUCGGGGUUGAGAGAUCUCCUCACCAGAGAGGAAGGCUCAAACAAUGCCGAGUGUCUUGGUAUAGUCGACUCAGCCCUUUUCAUUGUCAGUCUGGACUAUGCCGAGCCAGCUGAUGUUUCGCAACUGUGUGGAAACAUGCUUUGCGGUACCAAUGAGGUCGUACAGGGCGUUCAGGUGGGCACUUGUACCAAUCGAUGGUAUGAUAAACUCCAGAUCAUCGUCUGCAAGAACGGAAGUGCCGGUAUCAAUUUUGAACAUACUGGCGUGGAUGGUCAUACCGUCCUCCGAUUUGCCAGCGACGUCUACACCGAUACCAUCUUGAGGUUUGCAAAAUCAAUCAAUGGUCAAGCCCCCUCACUGUGGUCCACUCAUAGCCCUGAUCCUUCAAAGCGUGAUCCCGAAAGCUUCGGUGAUGUCAGCACAACUCCGCACAAACUUGAGUGGGAUAUGAUUCCCGAGUUACAAACAGCCCUCCGAUUUGCAGAGACACGGCUGGCUGAUUUGAUCAACCAGAAUGAGUUCCAAACCCUGGACUUUACAGGGUACGGGAAGAACUUCAUUACUUCUAUGGGAUUCUCGCCCGAUGCCUUUGUGCAAAUGGCGUUCCAAGCUGCGUACUAUGGGCUGUACGGUCGAGUGGAGAAUACAUAUGAGCCUGCCAUGACCAAAAUGUUCUACCACGGCCGAACGGAAGCGAUCCGCACCGUGACGCCAGAAAGUGUGGAAUUUGUCAGGACGUUCUGGGCCGAUACUGCGGUACAGAAAAAAGUGGAUGCACUGAAAGCGGCUACUUCAAAACACACGGCCACCACUAAAGAGUGCAGUAAGGCUCAAGGCCACGAUCGCCACCUAUACGCGCUGUAUUGUGUCUGGCAACGCAAAGUCAACGAUGAGGGUGCUGAAGCGGCCAGUACGACAGGUUUCAGUUCCAAUGGAUAUUCUAGCCCCACCGACAUGAGUGAUGUGGGAAGCCCGAAACGACUCGAAGAAUCGACUUCCCCUGUUAGCCGCUCUCGGGCAGGGACCGACUCGAGUCGAUCGCCAGGCCCUCCAUUACAGCAUAUGCCUACUUUCUUUAGCGAUGCUGGGUGGGAAAGAAUCAACAAUACCAUUUUGAGCACUUCCAACUGUGGCAAUCCUGCUCUGCGACAUUUCGGUUUCGGCCCAGUGUCUGGCGAUGGAUUUGGCAUUGGGUACAUCAUCAAGGAUGACUCGAUCUCAGUCUGUGCUAGCAGUAAGCAUCGGCAAACCAAACGAUUUGUGGAUAGCCUGGAAUCCUACUUGAAUGAAAUCCGUCGGCUACUCAGAGCAACAAAAUCCAAGGAUGCACCGGUAGGCAAAGUCACUCGCGCUCGAGAGGCCGAAGACAAGGUAGGCAAAGAUGGCAGACUCAAGUCCCGUGGCCGAGUCAUCAAGACGGAGAAUGCUAGAAUGGACGGUGCCCAAACCCCAACUAGCAUGGACACAGCAGAAGUGGAAGACGAUGGAUUGGGUGGAUAUGGUUUCUUCGACGCCGGCAUGUUGUUACAAGCCCUGAAGAAAGACCAGACGAAGCCAGCGGAUCAACUCGCUCAAAGACGUCGCACCGUCGGUAAAAAGCUGGCGUUGACUGAAUACUGA